UCGCUGAAACCAACACCGGAUGCAAAGUUCUACAUCUGGACGCACAAGAAAUUUGAGAUUGGCUUCAACGCAGACCGCAUUGUGGUUGUCAACACCACCAACGACCGCCGAGUGGAGGUGUACCCGGGCCAGAAAGUGGUGUUCUCAUACGAG